UCCGUUUAGCCCCGCAUCAGAUGGACGGCGUGGACUUGAAUUCGGCAUGGCGAAGUGCCGAAUGCGUCACAUCGCUGUACGAUCGCGUGAGGGAGCUGGAACUCCGCAACGCCGAGCUCGAAGCGGAAGUCAUGCAAUGGCGAGAUCAGAGCCGACAAAAUCGUAUAACAGACGCCAAUACCUCGGUCGACCUGGCCAGAGCGAUUCGAGAACGCGACGAGUGGCGCGAUCGAUUCAAACAACAAGAUGAUAUCUCAAGGCGGUUGCAGAAAUGUGUCGAUGCGAUGAAGGAAGAACACAAGGAACAAGUGGCCAAGUUGCAAGAACGCUGCCAAUUUGACCCGCAUGGACCCAAGCGCGUGCAAGUGUGCGUCGCGUCCCUCCAGAAAACCCUCGACAGUCGCGUUCAAGAAUACGAAAGCAUGCAGCAGCGACUACGGGACACACUCGACGCCAACGCUAAAAUGGUGAACACGAAUGCUGCGUUGGUUGAAGAAAGAACGUCGCUUCUCCAGACAAUAUCGCUUCAAAAUGCGCACCGCAUGUUCACGCUGUUCCAACGCCGACAAAAGGACGCCCUCAUUGCAUCCUGGACAACGUGGUGCUUUAACACGAUUCGAAACAUCGAACGUCAGAAGCGCGAAGACAGUUUCCAGCGACUAGCAGCACUCGCCAGCCGGUCGAAGAAGCAACUGCUCCAGCGUCAAGCAAGUCGAUUCUCCAUGCAGCGCGAGAAAGCUAACCGCUUGCGCACGUUUAAAGCAUGGGCAUGCCAUGUCCAUGCGAUUCGUCAGACGCGACAUGUCGCGUUGGAAUUGUUCAACGCUUCGCGCCGAAGGAACUUGGUCGAUGCAUUCGAAUUGUGGCGCGAACAAGCUGCUCGAAGAGCUAGUUGCUCCAGAGUUUUGCAGCGACUCGUGCGGAACCACAAGCACCGUCACAUACUGCAAGGAUAUCGUCAAUGGGUCCAAGCAACGCGAACUCUCCUCAUCGAAACGAUUAUUCUCAAAUGUGACGUGAUCGAGGCCGAGAAAUCCAACGCUGUGGCCGAGCUUGACCGACUCCAGGCGGAACUGUCGGCUUCACGGGCCACCGAACGCGCAUGGGAACAGACCGCACGCGACUUGGAAUUACAACAAGCCACUACCGUCGCUCGUCACAGCAACAUUGUUUAUCAAUGGACUGCCAGCCUCGCCAUGUGCUACGAACGAAUGGUCCACCGUCGCCGCCAAAACAUUGUGUUUCAAGCAUGGAAGUCGAAGAUCCAGAUUCGACAAACCCUUCGCAGAUUAUCUGCGCGGUGGCAAGCGCAGCGAAUUCGAGCAGUCGUGGUACAGUGGCGGCAUUACCGACACGACCGACCGCGUGCCAUGCGCAUGACCAUGCAGUACAUGCGGUGCAGACGCAACGGUCGGUGGCAACGAGAUGCAUUUGGGGCAUGGGCGAGGCUGGCCCAUCACAUGGCGACCCGUCGACGCAAACUCCACCGAUUCCGGCACGUACAGGACUUGGCUUCGCAUCAAUGCUACUGGAAGCAAUGGCGGUCCUAUGUGUUGAUUCGUACCGAAUACAAGAGGCAUUUGGGAAAUGUACUCGACGCACUGAACAACAUGCUACGUCAACACGUGCUUCGACAUGCAUUGAAAUCGUGGCAGUCCAAGGUUGUGGCCAUCGUUCAGCGCGACCUGCGGCUCCAGUGGGUCGUGGAAGCCGCCGUGGGUCAGUCGCGGACUCAAUUGUUGUGUCACGUCAUGGCGCGAUGGAAGCGUCAUGCCGCCGUGCACAAGAAGCGAAACGUGUGGCUGGCAUUCAAGACCCGACAACGGCGAGAUCGCUUUCAAGGAUGGACUCAUGCGGUGUGGAGGGCGUGGUUCGCCCAAUGUGCGGUGCAAAUUCACCGCCGUUUUAAGUUGGCAGCGGUCGUCAUGAGGUGGCAAUCGCGGUGGAUGCGGCAUGGCCUGUGGAGGUGGGCAGCAAACGGUCGCAUCGCGUCCUUUCGCGAAUCGCACACCCAAACAGUGACCGAACUCAACAAGUCCAUCCUGGCGCUACACGAAUCGAUGAAAAGCGACGCUGAGCAACAUCGCUUGGAUAUCGAGGGGAUGGAAGCGACGAUGCGAGCCACAGAGGAAGCGUUUCAAAAAAACUUGCUUUGUCAAGGGAACGAGUGGUCGCAACAGCGGGAGCAGCUGGAACGAGAUCUUCAUCGCAUGAUGCUGCUCAAGGACGCUUCCGACGAGGCAGCAGCUCAACUAAAAUGUCAUUUGAUCAUGUCACAGAGGCGUGGAGAAGCUCUAGAAGGCGCGUUGAUGGAAGGCGAAGCACAAUGGCUCAGACACGUAGAAGUGCAUCGACUGGACCAGCGUCACCGCGAUAUGCUCGAGGAAGAUGCCCGGUCGGCUUUAUGUCGCUUGGAGACGACGAUGAGCCGUUGGCGGGCCGCGUGGGACGCGGAGAAGCGUGCGCUUGGAAAGAAACUAGAAGAACUGACCAAGUCGCACGACGAAAUCAAGGCCAAAAUGGGUGCCAAAGCGCUAGAAUGCCUCAUGCAGCGCACGACUGUAUUCUGUUUCAACCGGUGGAAAGCGUUUGUCGCGACAGCGAGAGAAACAAAGGGAAAAGUGAGUCAUAUCGUGGCCCUAUUGCAGUCCAACAAGACCGCGCUCGUGUUUCACCGAUGGAAGCAGCAUCACGAGCUGCAGCAAGCGCAGAAGCAGCUGACUGCCAAAUGGCACCAAAUCCACGCAACGACGCUCGUAAAGUCGGCGUUCAACGCAUGGGCAGCAAGUGUUGCAGAGAAUCGAAAGCUUUCGUCGAUAUUGGAGCUCUUCGGCUUGACGUCGGCACGCAAAACGUACGAAUCGGUGUGGCGGCAGUGGUGCCACAGGACUUGCCGCCGACGGGACGGCAAACGGCUGUGGACUCGGGCGUUGGAUCAUAUAACGAAACAAGUGUACAAAGUUGGUAUGCAGCAGUGGAAGGCAGUGGCGGACGCGAUUUCGCUUGCAAAACGCGCGCAGUUUAAGAUCCAAGCACUCGAUCACGCGACCAACGCUGUCCAGCGCAAGUGGAAUAACAUCGUAUGCCGACAAGUGAUCGUGUGGUGGCGGGAAAAUGCGCAUGCAAAUCGCCGCGAGCGCGACCUGCUCAAGCGCUGUGCCUUGCGUCUGCAGCAUUUUGCUGUCGGUCGCGUGUUUGAAGCGUGGCGAGAAAAUGCAUGGCUGCAGCGACGGGAUCGAGAUGCCCGAGAUAUCGUGCUGGCUCUGUGUCUUCGUCACGUUCUGAGCUCGACGUGGGCGCGGUGGCGGCAAUUCCGCCUUGCCAGCGCCGCCGUGGAACGUCGGCAGCUCGAGGAAGCGCAUCGCAUCACGCAACAAGCCCUGCAGGACGCAAAAUCCACGAUCGAGUCCCUCACGAGUCAAUUCCAAUCGACGAAAGCGCAUGCAUCGUCAUUGCAAGACACAACAAAACAGCUCAAGAUGCAGUUGCAAGCGUCCAAGUGCAUGCAGUUCUUUCAGUCGACUGUCCGCUCCGCGUUCUUCGAAUGGAAGCGAGUGGCGAAAUUACUCCAACAAACCAAAGGCAGGGUGCUCGUGAUUGUGCGGCGCAUGCAGCGGAUGCACCACGCACUCGUGCUUGACAAGUGGAAAGCAUUUGUCACGACGCGACACGUAAAAGCACAUCGAGCGGCCGCAGCGCAAGCGCUGCAUCGAAAAUUCAUCCAGCUGCACACACUACAUGCGUGGAUGGCGGGCAUUCGCCGCAGAAUAGAGUUGAGACAAAAGUGCCAAUGGAUCGCGCACAUGAUGGCCAACACAUCGAUUCGCUGUGUAUGGAACGAGUGGCGCCGGUUCCAACAGCAUCAACGGCACGCGUGUAACGCGCUGGUAGCUAUCACGACAGCUUUGGAAGUCAGUGAGAUGCGACGGCUGUGGCAGCGAUGGUGCGACCACCACAAAGCAUUCAUAUUCCACGACGAAGCCCAGCGCAAGAAGGCGCAACAGUUGCUCGAGUUCCUCAGUGCUCGGGCAUCGACGUCGCUGCGGUGGUACCUUGAUGGAUGGAAGCAAUUUCUGAAGCGCCGGCGUAAGAAAGGAACCCACGACGUGCUGUGCAAGCGAUGGAUCUGCCAGAACGUGUGGAGACGGUGGCACCACGCGAUCCACCAAGACCGUCAGCUGCUCCGAGUACUGCAUCAGUAUGAGCGACGAAUCUUGCGGAAGGGUUGGGUGCAGUGGCAGCUUGGGCUCGUCAAGUUGGAAAUUGCCUGGACCAAGCACACGAUGGAAAUGGAGCGCAUCCAGCAGCAUGAGCAGUGGGAAAUCGAGAGAGCUCAGCUUACCAGUACGUCCGUCGAACUGGAAAAACAAGUGCAGCAGCACCAGUCGACGAUUAUCGCCAAGGACAUGACACUGGAAGUGUUCCAAACUAACAUUGCAACAAUGGAAGCGAUGCAUCGAGAGAGCGAAGCCUGUCGAUCUCUCUAUGAAGACAAAUUCACGACGGCACUGCACAAGUUGUUUGAAACGAUGAGCCUGCAACGGAUCGUCCGAUGCGUCUGGGUCGCAUGGACCAAGCUACGGCACGGACGAAGGCUACGGCGGACGCGAGCCAUCGAAUGGCUACGGUCGAAACAAGUGGCCAUGAUGGAGCUUGUCGUUUCCACGUGGAAAGCUCGCCUUGUGCCUCAUCGGCGCCGACUGCGACUGCAGCUGAAGUUUAGACGUCGCCGGGUCGAAGGUGCAGUGGAACGUUGGAGGUUGCGCACUCUGUCCCGAUUACAGCUCAAGGCUGCUAUGCGCACUGUCGUGCUCAACUUGACACGGCGGCGAAGUCAGCGGCUAACGCUGGCGUGGCGUCAAUGGCAGAUGCACACCAUGGUCGCAAUCGAGCGAGCCAAACAACUCUCUCUAGAGGAGACGUAUCGCCGCGAAUCUGCCCAAGAAAAAACGAUGUUGGCCUCCACCCAAGUAACGUUGACAUUUUGUGCGUUUUUGUCGGGAUGAAAUUCGGGUAGAAAUGUGCCGCCGACAUGCGAUCCAAGUGGGGCAUGUCGACGAUUGUAUGGCGCUUGCGCUGUGCUCACAUCCAGAAAAUGGCGUGGGGGUUGCAAAAGUGGAAGCACGUCGCCGUUCAACUCGCUUGGCGCGCCAAGCUCCAGUACACCGCCAAUCAAUUAGAUGCCGCGCAUCAGCUGCUGCUCGACGAACAAACGGCGGUGCUGGCCCAACGCGAAGACAUCGUGGUGCCUCUUCGGUCCACGUGGCUCGCUCUAAAUCAAACGAAAACACUGGAGCAGCUCUUUGACGCCGUCGCGUCCACUUGCUUCCCAGACACGAGCGGCCUUUUGCUCCUGAUCGACCCUCUCAAGCAAGAGCUGUGGUCCAUGGUGAGCCGACAAGUGGUCAUUGCCCCUGCCCACUUGGGCAUUGCUGGCUAUGUCGUGGGCUCUGGAGCAGCAUUUCGAUCUGCCAUGGUGGCUCAGGACAAACGAUUCCACCCCCUCGUGGACCAGGUACGUCCUUUAAACACUCCAUCUUCC